AUGGACCGGGCCUGCUAUGAUCAUCCAUUCAUUCUGGCAGGCCAAGGAACUGUGGCACUUGAGGUUCUGGAGCAGGUGCCUAACCUCGAAGCCAUUCUUGUUCCCGUGGGGGGUGGUGGCUUGCUAGCCGGCUGCGCAGUUACUGUUAGGGCACUUAGCCCGCAGGUCAAGAUCAUCGUAAGCUCUAUAUGCUUUUCAACAACAUAG